AUGACAAGCCCUCUAUCGACUAUCGGUGUUGGAAUUCUGGGAACGCAUGUUCUUUGGGAAGACAUUGAAACUGAAAUUCAGAAAACUCUCGGAGUCACAGCUAAGUUCGGAGAAAAUAAGACAGUGAAGAACAUUGGUGAUGGAAUCGGCUUUCUUUCACGCAUCUGUUUGAUUCAUCCUGAUUGGCAAAAUAAUUCAUCUGAACUUCCUCAAACGUUUGUAGUUAAGAUUAUCAGUCAACUGCCAAUGAUAGAAGUUGACGGUGUUAGUGCUGUUACUCUAUUCUUAGAACAGAAGAGCCCAUUGUUGCUGAGGGUUGAAAUCGAUACAUAUAAUCUAUUCAAUAAGUAUGGAGAUAAUAGUUUUGCUAUAGGAAAGAUGUUGGGUCAUCGAUAUUUGGAUGAAACGAACCAGGCAAAAGGAUUUUUCAUAAUGGAAUAUAUGGGAAACAAUAAACCAAUCGGACUUUUUGACAACAUAUCCAUCGAAAAUUGUCGAGAAGUUAUCAAAGUUAUUGCAAAGUGGCAGUCCGUUAGCUUGAAACAGUCUGCCGAAUUUGAAAAGUAUGAGACUCAUUUCCUGUCAAAAACAUAUGGCCUCGAUGUUGCCUUCAAAUGGUGUAUACAGACAGUUGAUGGGAUUCGUGACAUCGAUCAUCCCAAAAUUAAAAGUAUGUUGCAAAAACUAGAUGAAGUUGUUCAUCACUUAUGUACUGAGGAGAACAUUCGAAAAUUCGAUGAAUUACCUGAUAAACUCAAAAUCAAGCGAGUGUUUGGCCAUUUCGACCUUUGGAGUUCUAAUGUGCUAUGGGACCGCAAAGAGAACGGAGAGCUGUCUUUGAAAGCCAUAAUUGAUUAUCAGUUAGGAAGUCUAACUAAUCCAAUAAUUGAUUUCCUGAUGUUUUUGGUAUGCAAUAUCAAUGCUGAUGUGAGACGUUCUCAUACAAAACAGUUUCUCCAAGACUUCCAUGGCUAUCUCAGUGCCGAAAUGGAUGGACAAAGCCCUUUCACUAUUGAACAACUGGAAGACUUAUACCAGCGCCUAUUCCCUAUUGGAGUUCUGUUGAUAUAUGGAAUGGUUGGUCCAACCUAUCUUUCCUUGGUUGAAAAACACCCGUCUGAUUCAAACAGACUUCUAGAAGUCUUGGAGAAGAAAUUCAUACCAACACUUCAGGAAGUUAUUGACGUUCAUGAACAGAACAAGGAACCCUUUAACUAA